ACGUUUGCUCCACAAGCGGCUCUGCUCGUUGGCGUCUUGCAUAGUUUAGUAUUUAGUGCGCUUAAUUUAUUCGUUGAUAGUUUAUUUCUUAUCGAAAUCAUGCAUAUAAUCGGGAUAACCUGCACCGCGGAAGACGGCACGCAGGAAACGAUACUCGUCCAACCUUCGACCAGUCUGCUCAACGUUACGGCCCUCGGCAUCCUGCCCUGGUUUUUUAGCCAAGACGUGCCACUGUUUGGCGUUAUCGCGGAAAAUUCUGUCGCCGUGCGUGUGAAAACGGCAACGGACCCAUUCCGGCACCUGCGCUACACCAAAAGCGCUUCAUUCGAUGGCAAAGGAUUUACGCUGCGGCGCAGCGUCAAGCACGGUGGAAUUAUUCGCAUCGACGGUGCACUGAAAAUUACGAUCGAAGAAUUCUGCCUGCUGUGUCCGGGGCUGUUUUACGGCACUGCCAAGUAUCCUAACCUCAAUCUGCUGCUCUCGCAACGUCGCUUCCGCCAGCAGAUCGUAAGCCCGGCAACGCUUUGGGCCAUCCUGUCCGACUGUCUGCUCUGCCGGCAGUAUAGCAACCGGCAGAGAACGCAAGACGACUUCAAGCUGGAAAUGCGGCGGAAAUAUCUGGCCACGCAGCUCAAAGACUUCCGACCGAUGAUAGCGGAGCUGGAGGAACGGCUCAAAGAGACGGCCAAGUAUGAUCAGUUGAAAAAGAUGCUACAGCAGAUGAUUGCCACCGUACAGUCCCGGCAGGUGCAACGCUACAAGGAUCAGGGAAACCAGCUGAAACGGCUGUUGCAAUCGGUUUCGAAUGAAAAGGAGCAGCUACUAGCGCAACGAAUGGUUCAUGAUACGGAUACAGCCAUAGCAAUGGUUCGGGAAAUUGUCGCAGCAAAGGUAGAUGUAACGUGCAAUGAGCUUGAAAACAUGCUGGAUCAGUUGCAGGCAGAAUUAGUUCAAUUGAGUAUGCAGUUGGAGGUGCAGCAAACGUGUGAGGCCAAGCUAGAGGAGCUGAUUGAGCACGUUAAAGAGAUUGAGCACAUUUUGAAUCAGUUGGAUGCAACAGAUUCGAUGGAGUUUGAAAUGCAGAUUGCACGGUGUGCCGUUGCUAACAAUCAAUCGUUGGUGCUGUUCAGUAAGCUAAGCGACGAAGACGACAAGCAGCUCUAUAUAAGUAAUCUUCAAACCCACGCUCAAUCAUUGACGAUCGAUAUUCAAUCUGCUGAAGAGCAUGUGCAACGAGCUGCAAAUGAAAAACGCAUUGCUAUGGAAAAUCUCCAUUUGCUGAAUGAUCUCGCUAAUGAUAACACACUCAACAGCGAUCCUCUUUUGGACGACAUUUUAAGUCAGCUGCACAACAACCUCAAAAGAAUCGUACGAGCAUCAAUGGCCAUAGCCAACGUUGAAGAUACAAUUGCAAAGCUUCAGCAAAAGAUUUGGCAUGAGUUUUCUGCCAUCGGUGCGGUCCCUUUCGCCGAGCUGGAAGCCAUUGCAGCGGUAAAAUUUGCUGUGGAAGAACAACUGGAUGCAAAUGCUCGCGAAAACUUUCUCGGUUUUGUCUACGAUCGUAUGCUAGAGGCUGGCAGCGGUCAAAAAUGGAUCGAUGGAUUCUCUUGUACCGCGAUAUUUAAAACGCUGGACAGUGCUUUGCGUGUGCAGCAGCUGAUCGGACAGAUGCGUGCCGAUCUACCAUUCUCAUAUAUCGUACUGAAUAAUGCACGUUUGCGUUCAAGUUUGAACAGCUUCUUUCGGGACAGUGUAACGCAAGUGCUAAGUAGCGGUACCGCCACGAAUUACGAGGACACUGUGGUAAAAGUAAACCGUAUCGUUCAGCAUAUGGUGAGCCAAAUUCGUGCUGCACAGGAGUUGAAGUCGGUCCGUGAACGUUUGGAACAACUUUUUAACAGCAAAGCAGAGCUGAUGGCAGAACUCGAUCACGUUCGCAGUGCAAGUAACGUCCCAGUACCGAGCAUAAAAAUUGCAGAGCUGCCCAAACUUGCUGAACAGUUUAUAAAAGUUAAAAACCACAAAUUACGGCUGCAAGCACAUCACGCAUCAUUGGUAGAUUUCAUUCAUCAGUUAGAAACUGAUGUCCCCCUGCCAACCGAAGAACAACUCAAAUCCGAUAGAUUACGCUUGCAGGAAGAACUGAAAACCAUACUGGAAAACGUUGUCCAGAAUAGAAAACGAAUGUAUGAUUGCGUAAAGCAGCUUACAGAAGCCUACCACAAGUUGCAAUUUGCAUGGGAACGUUGGAACGAUGAUCAUCGUGGUAAUAGUUGUUUGAUGACAGCAACAGGUCUAUCGUCUCCCACUACCAAAAAGCUGAUCGACUGUUGGACCACGUGUUGUGAGUCCAUUCGACAUGGAAUUGCGUCGGUUGAGGAAGUGGGUAAUAGAUUUAAACCUACGGAAGAAGAGCCAUCCGCAAACGUCCACGAAUUGGACGAACAAAUCAAAUCACUCGAGCUGCAUGAAAGAUCAAUCGCGACUCGUAUAGUCCAUGCGGAAACCAUCCUUGCAGAAUACCAGCAAGAGCACAAUACUACCAUCGGACAAGAACGAUCCCAAUAUUCCGAACCCCGAUUAAUGGUGGUGGAGACGGAUGAGCUGAUGGGCAAAAUUGUGCGCACCCAAGAGCAACUGCGACGCAUGCCGCCAGGACUGAAGGGCUCCGAAGUGAUGAAAAUGAAGAACAAGCUAAAGCAUCUGCAGCUGCUUGACAAGAUACGGCUGAAUGCUAGGGAGAUGUGCCUGAACAAUCUGAUCCUGCCGAUCAUCGACAAGCUGCACGUUCAGAAGCUGCGGCAAGUGUGUCAGCUGGUGGCGUGCAUCUCGGACGAGCUGCCCGAGCUGGGCGGGAUCGCGACGGUCACGUUCGGUUGUGCCUCGAUCGACCGGGAGCAGGAUGAAGCGAAGCCUUUCAACAUCGAUGACAUAAAUGCGGUUAACGUUCAUAUCGUCAACGAAGAGGGUGCGGAAAUAGAGAUGAAUGAGAAACAGCGGCAGCUGGCCUAUCUAAUUCUGUUCCUUUGCUUCCUUUAUUGCGAUAACUGUAAGCUAGUACAGUUGGAUAAGACGUUUGAGCAACUAUUCGACUGUGGAAUCGUUAGUUUGUUUCACGUGCUCGAAAAAUACUUCCCCACCAUGCAGUUCAUCGUGCUGGACAACAACGCACAGUGAGUGAGUUCACU